CCAAUAUCCAGUGGACUGCUCUGUUCUUAAACAGCUGAAUGUGAGGGAAUCCAUGAUGCAAAGUUAAUAGCGCUGCACGCCUGUGAGAGCAACUGUGGCUGCCGAAGUCUCUUCAGUACAUACAUGGCGGCACUAGGGAACCCAGAGAUGCUAACCAGAAAGAUCAAGCUGUGGGACAUUAACGCCCACAUCACCUGUCGCCUUUGUGAGGGUUACCUGAUCGAUGCCACCACCGUCACUGAGUGCUUACACACCUUCUGCAGGAGCUGUCUAGUGAAGUAUCUGGAGGAAAACAACACCUGCCCAACGUGUAGGAUUGUCAUUCAUCAGAGCCAUCCACUGCAGUACAUUGGCCAUGACCGAACGAUGCAAGACAUUGUCUAUAAGCUGGUGCCCGGAUUGCAAGAAGCGGAGAUUAAAAAGCAGAGGGACUUCUAUCAGAAGCUGGGUAUGGAAGUGCCUGGAGACAUCAAAGGAGAACUGUGCAACAUGAAAACACACCUAGACGCCCAGCGCAAUGGUGAUCUGAAAUCUGAAGACACGGCCAAUAAGGACACAGCGUGCGAGAAACCAGAGGAAGAUAACGAUUACCAUCGCAGUGAUGAACAGGUAAGCAUCUGUCUGGAAUGCAACAGCAGCAAGCUACGCGGACUAAAACGCAAAUGGAUCCGCUGCUCUGCUCAAGCCACCGUCCUGCAUCUCAAAAAGUUCAUCGCAAAGAAGCUCAACUUGACGUCAUUCAAUGAGCUCGACAUUUUAUGCAACGAAGAAAUCUUGGGCAAGGACCAUACUUUGAAAUUUGUUGUCGUGACGAGAUGGAGAUUUAAGAAAUCCCCACUCCUCCUGCAUUAUAGACCCAAAAUGGAUUUGCUGUAGUCGGACAGAACGGUUGUUUUGG